AUGUCUCCUCGUUAUACCGCUCAACCCACCGAGCAAACCACUCAGUGCACCGAUUCUGCUAUGCAAACCCGCGAGGAUGGAAAAACGGAGCCCACGGACACCUACGAAUUCGCUCACGUCCUCUUCGAAAUCAAAACCUCCCCGAAGAAACUGGCCCCCAUCCUGCUCGAGUCCCUGCACCACAGACUCCACCACAGCGACGUCAAGGUCUACCCAUCCUUCGACGUUCUCCGAGCCGACAGCGCCAUCAAGCGCGGCAACGUGGUCUUUGCCCUGCCCGCUGCGGGCCAGACUGUCGAUCAAAUCAUACUGGCGGUGCGGCGGCAGGUCCAGCAUUUGAUCAUGGACUGGGAUACGGAAGAGCUGAGCGGUGAGGGACUGUAUCUGGUAACGGGGGAUAAAACAUGCCCCUGGGGAUGGAGCUUCCUGGACUAUCAGGCUUGGAGGGAGCAGAGGAAGCGCCGCUGA